AUGCCAGGAAGGAACCUGCAGGGUGUGUGUCGGCGAUGGCGCCGCUUCGUUCCCCGGAUUGAGAUGAACCUAACCUACAGUCCGAGUUUAGUUUUACAUGUUGCUAUCUAUGCCUUUGCCUUGUUGUAUCAUAAGUAUGACCCAAUCUUUUUUCACUCCAUUGGAAACUCAUGUUUUAUUUGCCUGGAUGGGAUGCUCGUUAAUGGAAAUGACAAAGGAAUAUCAAAAAUUGUAUUCAGGUCUUGCAACAGGAGAGAUCAACCUGGCCCUUUAAGAAUGAAUGGCAGUACAUGGUUAAUAUCAGAAAUUCACAAUCCACCAGUUAUAGGACAGUAUGUUGACAAUUGUCCAGACAGUAAGUUGACCUGCCCGGGCUUUUGA